GGGAGCAGGGAGUGAUCGCCAAUCACUGACUGUUUGUGGAGUGUAUGCGUAUAUGUCCCUGUCUCUUUCUUGUGUGUGUGCGUGUGUGUGUGUAGUACGUGUCUUGCCGCUCGACUAGAGACGGAUAAUUGCUGCGCCACGUGGUCGUGCUCGGUACCGACAAAGUGUUUCCGUUGCGUGUCUCGUUGAAUGUUUGUCCGUGUGUAGUGUGUGUGUGUGUGCAAGUAGUAAACCUAUUUGUUUGACCGACCGCACCAAACAAAACGACAUCACACAGCAUCCCCACACCAUCAUUCUGCCCGCGCGAUCACGGCCGACCAACACACCCGUCGGAUAGCCAAUUCGCUCCCGGACGCUCAUGCCAUGCGCAGCUCAAUCUCUCAGCUCUUCUCGGCAGCGUCAGACCACGAUGCCGGAGGGCGCAACGCACAUCAGCUACAGGCGGCCGGUACGGGAACUCCCACACAGUGCACUAACGGCUAUGCAGGACACAGUGGAUCAAUUAAAGAUGUAUCAAAGACAGACUGGAAUUCCCGCAUCGGGGACGGAACAGCGCAGCUCAACGGGACUCUCGGGCGAGGGACGUCCGAAACGGCAGAGACCGACUCAUCAGGGACCGGGGGGAUGCGGGACGCGUUGGAGGGGCCGGGCUCAGCGCAGAACGACGCUAUUCACCUCAAGAGACGGGUGGGACUCUUCAGUGGGGUUGCUUUAAUUGUCGGUACCAUGAUUGGGUCCGGAAUUUUCGUGUCGCCAUCUGGUUUACUGGUGCGAACUGGUUCCAUUGGUGUGAGCUUUAUCAUUUGGAUGGCCUGUGGAUUGCUCUCGUUGUUAGGUGCAUUGGCGUACGCUGAGUUAGGCACGAUGAAUACUUCGUCCGGAGCAGAAUGGGCAUACUUUAUGGACGCGUUCGGGGCCUGGCCCGCCUUCCUGUUCUCGUGGGUGUCGACGCUGGUGCUGAAGCCGUCCCAGAUGGCGAUCAUCUGCCUGUCGUUCGCGCAGUACGCGGUCGAGGCGUUCGUGUCCGAGUGCGAUCCGCCGCUGAGCGUGGUGAAGAUGGUUGCGAUCCUUGCGAUCGUGAGCAUCCUGUUCGUGAAUUGCUACAGCGUGAACCUGGGCAUGGCCGUGCAGAACGUGUUUACGUCGGCGAAGCUGAUCGCGGUGCUGAUCGUGAUCUGUGGCGGUGCGUACAAGCUGUGCCAGGGCAACACGCAGCAUCUGCAGAAUGCAUUUAGCGGCACUACGCCGUCGCUGGGUGCGAUCGCGACCGCUUUCUACACCGGCCUGUGGGCGUACGACGGUUGGAACAAUCUGAACUACGUGACGGAGGAGAUCCAGAACCCGAGCAAAAAUCUUCCCCGCUCGAUCAUCAUCGGCAUCCCGCUGGUGACGCUGUGCUACGCGCUGAUCAACGUCUCCUACCUGGCCGCCAUGUCGCCGACGGAGAUGAUCGAGUCCGAAGCGGUCGCGGUCACGUUCGGCAACCGCAUACUGGGCAUGAUGGCGUGGCUGAUGCCGCUGAGCGUCACCAUCAGUACGUUUGGCAGUGCGAACGGUACGCUGUUUGCGGCGGGACGACUGUGCUUUGCUGCCAGCCGCGAGGGCCACCUGCUGGACAUACUGUCCUACGUGCACGUUCGUCGUCUAACACCGGCGCCUGGGCUAAUCUUUCACUCGCUUAUUGCCGGUGCGAUGGUGCUGUACGGUACGAUCGAUUCGCUGAUCGACUUCUUCAGCUUCACCGCCUGGAUCUUCUACGGUGGCGCCAUGGUCGCCCUGAUCGUGAUGCGCUACACCAAACCGAACUACCCCCGACCCUACAAAGUCCCACUUAUCAUUCCAAUUUUGGUUAUGGUCAUUUCCGGCUACCUUGUGGCGGCUCCCAUCAUCGAGAAGCCGCAAAUCGAGUACCUGUACGCAGUGCUGUUCAUACUGGCUGGGCUGAUCUUCUACGUACCCUUCGUGCACUACGGCUACCAUCCAAAGUUCAUGGACAACGUUACCCUCUUCUUCCAAAUGCUGUUUGAGGUGGUGCCCACGACGUCGAUGGCAAUGUUUGACUAGGAUUGAAUGCCACCACUACCACCGCCACCCCCGCCGCCACCAUAUAGACCGGGGCAACAGACAAAAAGAAACUCCCAGCACUGCUCAAUGCAUCCAAUGCAGCAGCAAAAUGGCACAAAACAACAACAAGUCGUCUAUCUAUAAUCGCCAACGAACUUGCAUCCACUCACUACUCCUGCUACUACUACUACGACUAGCGCAUAACUUUCUCCCGCGUGUUUGCGCGUGGUACCCCCGCCCCCCAAUUGCGAUCGUGACAUUAGUAAUACUUAGCUAUGUUAGUAGUAGUUUUCUAGUAGUAGCAACGGCAGCAGCAGCAGCAGCAGCAGCAGCAGCAGCAGUAGUUUAUAUAUAUGUGUGUGUGUUUGUGUAUGCGCUGCGUACUUAACCUUUCAGGCGCUUCUUCCUGUGCGUGACGAUGGCGCAACGUCGCGUGGAAUACGCGUGUGCGUGUGCGCGAGCAAUAUGGGCAAUUUAUUCGCAACAAAAACAUAGCAAUAAUGGACUCUGUCGUACUGUAUACCUUCUCCCAUGAUUAUGCUGAUGAUGCUGGUGAAGACUACCCGAAGGCAAUAACCAUUGAUGGCUUUCGCUUUGUACACUAUUGGAGCAACGUAGCGUGACGAUGAUGAUGAUGGAACGAUCCAGUGUUUAUUGAACUGGUUGGGAACAGCAUAGGUUUCGGGAAGAUGUUAGAGGAAGCUUUCUUUCUUUCGCCAGUAAGAGUGGAUUCUUUUAGCUGCUGAGGGGGAGGGGGGGGGGGAAGGUCAAACCACAGUUGUAACCGACUGCUGUACGCGUUGCCAAACAUUUACGGUGGGAAAUUUCGAUUUGAAAUCCCAACCGGGUAAAACAGAACUUUUCGGAAUUGCUUUCAAAGGAGUUUUUGUGUGUUUUUAAAAGUUGCUUUCACCCCACAAAAGACUCGUUUGUUUGGUUUUGUUUUUUGUUUUUUAGGGAAAACGAUAAAGACAGCACUAUCACGAAGGGGCAGAGGUUACAUUUAGUUGCUGCACGGAUCAUUCCCGAAUGGUCGUUUUUGUGUUUAGUUUUAUUUUUGGCGUUUUUUUUUGUGUGGAGUUCACUCCAGAUGUGAUGAUGGACCAGAGUGAAGCGACCAUUUUCUGUCAUCGGCUUAGUGCAGGAGUCGAUGAUGAGCACGUGCCCUCCCACCAAUGCUGCGAAAGGGAAGAAAAAAGGUCAGUUUGGAAUGCUGUGUGUGUGUGUUGUGUGUGUUUGUUUGGAUUCGAUCGGUGCACCAACGGAGCUAUCAUUCCGCACCGAAGGAUCCCGGAAGCAAACACACAAACACAAAAUGUACCCCCCUCGAAUGCCUUUGAUUGGAGGAGUUCCUUUGUGCUUAAAACUAAUUUUGGCUUACAAGCUCCAAAUAUUGAACAUCGUUAAUGAGAGCUGGUUUUUUUUCUGUUGGAGUUCCCGGGGCUUUUGUUUUUUAAAUAUGCAAAAUAUGACACCGGGAGGAAAGUAGUUUGGAGUAGAAACCGACGGCGGUAGCAAAACCAAAGAACAAAACAACACCAAAAUGGAACGGAAAUUUGGAUUUUGAUGCGGAGCGGAGGGGGGGGGAGGUGGAAGAAAGCUUUUGCUGCGCGAGAGAAAGCAGCUAGAAGGGGGAGAGAAAAGGCAUGAGCGAAGGAGAGGAAACGUGACACUAAAGAUAACCAAAAAGAAAAAGAAACAAACCCAUAUACAAUCAUUAAUUUAUCAAACAAUCCCACCCUCCCUUGUUGAAUAAUUGAAGCAAAGGAGCGUUUAAAGUGGCUAAAAGGAAAGGGAAAAGAAAGGGGAGGGGAAACCAACCCCCCGAAGAGUCUGUGUGUGUGUGGUGGAUGUGUUGUAAUACGAAAAGUGAUGGUUGCGAAGGGGAAAAAACCAAGAAAUGAUUAGUGUAAAUGACGAUGCUGAUGAUGAUAAUUAUUUUCUGUUAACGAGUAGUUCUUUUUUGAGUUUUUGGACAAUUGAUGAAAUAAAGAGACGUUAUUUAUAUAUAGAAAAAAAAA